AUGCGCGGCUUGUGGCGUCAGCGUCUCCCCUCCCGCGGAGCGCGUGGCCUCGUUCGAUUUGCCGCGCUGGGCUUGGGUCCCCGCGCCCCGCGCCCUCUUCGCUGGCGUCUGUCGCGACCGACACCUACCGACCGACGGCAACGUGUCGGCCGCCAUGAAAAUCACUCAUCGAGCGAUAUCCAUUGCUGCUCAAUACGUUGCACUCCUAUAAUAGCGAUGUAUGACGAGGCUUUGUCUAACGUCGAAUCCUUGUGCAUAUUAUUUUCUCGUAAUUCGCGCGCCCGUUGCUGA